CUGGGUUCAGAGUUUAUUUUGCUCACGGGUCACGAUAGUUUCAAGAGUAAAAGAAAUAUGGCAAAAGCGUCCAACUUUGAAUCGUUCACCUUUCGUCCGGAUCCCAGUGUUUACAUUGAGCUUUUCAACUGGUGCUGUGGAAAUUAUGGAAAAUCGAACAUUUCUAUUGAACUAUCUAAGGAAUUCAACAGAAAACCUACGGAUCAAAAUUUUGAGGACAAAAUCGAAAGUAUUUGGAAGCAACGUGUCAAAGAAUUGCCCUCUCUCUUUAAUGGCUCCAAGUUCCGUCUACAAAGUGCAUGUCUUGAGAACGGUCAGCUUAACCUUCGCGUGGGACUUACAUGUUACAGGGAUUUCAUUUGUACAAAUAUGAAUAAAAGGGAAUGUGAAUUCCUAAGGGAGUGGGGAAGGGUACAUUAUGACGACCCCCAUGCAUGCUUUGCGGACCCUGUAGGAGUCAAUGCGCUGCUGGUAUCACGUGAUGAGAAGUUUGUAUUUGUGAGGCGUAGUGCCGAGGUGGCAGAGGCUCAAGGACAGUACCAUGGCCCAGGGGGUCAUCCUGAACCACACGUUGUACAGGGAAUGCUUGACAAAGGCGAUGAAAAAGAACUGGAGGGUAUGAACCCCUCAAGUGUUGUGUAUGAAUUUUUCUAUUCAAUUGUAAAGGAAACCAGAGAUGAGGUGAACAUUCCUGAAGAUUGCCUUAGCUGGCCUGUCCUCAUUGGAAUUCUUAGAAACAUAGCAUCCUCCAAUGGACGCCCAGAACUGUGCUUCCUAAUAAGGUGCUCUUUGAAUAGUGAAGAGAUAAAGCAAUACUACCAUCAAGGAGGGCCUGAAGCAUACGAGUCUACAGAGAUCGUAUUUGUCAAAAUUAAAGAUUUUGAGCAAUGGGACCCUUCCAAUGACUUCAGAAAUAUUUGUGGUCAAAUGACAGUUAGUUCAAAAGCAUCCUUACAUAUGUACUUCCAACACCAGCAUUGCCACCAUGACAAGUCCUAGCGACCACAGUAUUUAAACCAACCACACAGCCGCCAACUACGAACACUUCUAUGAGGUGCUGUUCACAAAUACUAAGAAUGAGUUUCAUUUCAGAAUGUUUUAAUCCUUAAUAAUAUAAUAUUCUAAAUCUGUUUAUAUAAUAGAGAACAACAUAUCUGUCAUUCUGGUAAUUUUGUUCCAGAGUUAUUUUGAUCAGAAAGUUUUAUUUCAAUAUCAUGGAAAUAUGGUAAAACAUAUUCCAGAAUGAGACCAAUUCUUGGAUUCACGCCCCCUUAAUUCUCUUAGUGCAUUCAAUGCAGUACUCAACAGUGAGGUAUAUGGCUUGUGCCUCUUUAAUAAUCCUCUAAGUGCAUUCAAUGCAGUACUCAACAGUUAGGUACAUGUCUUGUGCCUCUUUAAUAAUCCUCUAAGUGCAUUCAAUGCAGUACUCAACAGUGAGGUACAUGGCUAUUAAUAUGAUGAAGAUGCUGACACAUGAACACCCUAACACUAAGAAGGUGGGGAUUACAAAUCCUCCUGGGGGUGGUUCUUGCACAAGAACAGCAAACUGAGUGACCAGAUCACAAUAGCUGUAAAUAAAACAACAUACUAUUUAGCAAUUUCUGGCUAUAAGGCUAUAACAAGGGUCUUCCAAUGGAA